AUGAGGUCUCCAGUGCAGGGUCGACCGUUGAUAUUAUACACAUCCUCCGGUGAUGUUGCUAUUGGAGCACUACUGGCUGAAGAAGACGAAGAAGGCGUCAAGCAUCCAAUUCACUAUUUCAACCGAACCAUGAAGGAUGCUCAACUCAGAUACCAGAAAGAUGAAAGAGAAUGCCUGGCGCUAGCUCAUGCAAUGCAAAUAUUCAGGCAUUAUUUACUAUCCAACAGAGUUGUGCUUGUAUCCAAAGAUGAUCCCAUAAAGUUUUUACUCUCUAAGCCCGCUCUGAUAGUAAGACCUGGAAAGUGGCUGCUUCAGAUGUCGGAAUUCGACAUAGUAUGUGUUUCCCCCAAAGAAAUCAAAGGUCAAGAAGUAGCAGAUUUACUAGCGGCGUUCCCAGGAGAAGAUUCUGCGACAUUACCAGAUGAUGUACCAGGAGAACUUCCAGGAAUCUCAGUCGUUAAAGAAGAAACAUGGUUGUUGUACUUUGAUGGAUCCGCCACCCCUAGUAAUGAUAUUGGAGGAGCGUGCAUAGUCUUGGUCUCUCCAUCAGGAGAGUUACUGAAGUUGCUAGAGAUAAUGGCUGGUAAGAAGAGUACAUUGGAUGCCUUAACUGAUAAGGCUGUUGAUGAGUACACUGCUGAUAUACUGGAGUCAAACCAAGAAGCAACUAAGAAGCAUGCUGAUUUGGAAGGCCAAAUCGCUGCUGUGAAGACCAUGUUCACCGGAGCCUUGAAAGAGCUAACUGAUGAGUUAAGCGUCUUAAGGAGAAUGGUGGGUAUCAUUGGUUCAGAUUAA